CGCACGCGCAUCGGUGCCUCCGCUAUGGCGACCGUGCUGUCCAGGGCGCUUAAGCUCCCGGGAAAGAAGAGCCCAGACCUAGGGGAGUAUGAUCCACUCACACAGGCCGACAGUGACGAGAGUGAGGAUGAUCUUGUGCUUAACUUGCAGCAGAAGAAUGGAGGGGUCAAAAAUGGAAAGAGUCCUCUGGGAGAAGCACGGGAGCCUGACUCCGAUGCCGAGGUUGCAGGGGCUGCACAGCCACGUCUUUCAGAGGUCACCACAGAGGGCUACCCUUCAGACCCCCUUGGGGGCCUGGAGCAGAAGGCAACCUCUUCCAUCGUGUCUUAUGUGCGCACGUCUCUCUUUCUGCUGACUUUGGUGAUCUCAAUGAUCCUGGUGCUCGUAUGCGCUUUCCUGAUCCCCUGUCCCCCCAGGGAUCUGCACAGCACUUGGAGCCGCCACUUGGGCCCCCAGGGAGGUGGGGACCUGUCUCCACUGGAAUUGGCUGAUGUUAAUGGAGAUGGCCUGCGUGAUGUGCUUCUCUCCUUUGUAACUUCCAGGAAUGGGAGUGCCGUCGGUGUCUCAAGGCCAGCCGCUGUUCUUGUUUGCCUUUCGGGGAUGAAUGGCAGCACACUGUGGUCUACUCACCUCCCCGAGGAGGCCCGAGAUGUUACAUGUUUGGAUCUGAUGCCAGGAAGUGUGGCUGAAACCAUCUGCCUUGUAACAGGGACACACAAGUUGCUCAGCGUAUUCAAUGCGACAUCAGGGAAAGCCAUUUGGACUUUAAACCCAAACCACUUAUCCAAUGGUACCCUGGCUGCCCCAGGCGUGGUGCUGCCGGACUUGGAUGGAGAUGGCAUUAGAGAUCUUGUGGUUCUAGCCAUUGGAGAAUCGCAGCCAGAUCUGUGCUUUCUGCUGGUGUCUGGCCGAACGGGGCGUCCAGUGGGCCGACCUGUGAAGUACAACAUCGUGGGAGUGGGGAAUCUGAUUGGUCCUCAGGCUUACAUCACCGCCAGCGGGGCUGUCUAUAUCCUGUUUGGCUUUGGAAAUAUCCAAGCUGUCGCCCUGAGGGACAUUUUUGUUCAGGCCCAGAAUCGAGACAGCUCACCACCCUCUCUGCAGAUAGAAGAGCCAGAAUGGGAGAAGCGAAGAUCCGUCAACCUGUCUGAGCUCAUUGACAUUUACAGUGAUGGUGUUGAGCUACUCCAGACGGUGAAGGCACCAGACUCCAACUCCAGCAACCUCCUGAUCACCACCAGACAUGGCCUCAUCCUGCUUCGGGGGCAAAAUCUCACACCUUACUGGACACUGAGCCUUCAAGGCCUGCGCAGCCAGCCUACUCCUGGGUAUUUCACUGACGAUGAAACAUUAGACUUCCUUCUGCAGAUAGAGGAUGGAGUUGGGAUGAGAAAGAUGGUGGUGGUGGAUGGGGACUCUGGCUCUGUUACUUGGAGUUACAGUGCUCCGUGUCACAUGAAGGAAACACCAACCACCUCAGCGGUUACUUCAGACCAGAAGUCUGUCUUCCUCUUCUGGGCUGAAGGGCUGUCAGCUGCAUCUCCCAAUUCCGAUGUCAUCCCAGGAACUGAGCCCCCCAGCCUUAACCACCUUUACCUCCUGCAUCCAGCAUUCCCCUCGAUUCUUCUGGAUCUGGCCAAUGCCACAGGCACAGUGACGGCUUCAGAGGUUGGAAUCAAUGACCUCUGGAAAGAUGCCUUUUAUGUUACCAGGACAACAGGGCCAAGCUCCGAAGGCCACCCAGCACCCCUGGUGGUCAGCAAGCUUAGUCUACGGUGGGCGAUGAUGGAGGGCCAAGUGGUCCAGCUAAAGGAGACCACCCCCAAAAUUGGCCGUGGGGAGCUGCGAAGGUUCCUCUCUAGGAUAAAGUUUAUUGAUUCUCCCUACCGGAUCUAGUCUGAUGGAAUCCUCAGUUUCAGAAGUGAACUGAAUGGUACUGUCUCUCCUGGUCGUGUAAAAUCCGUUCUUUGGAGAGAAGGAAGACUCCUUCGGCCCCGUUUCGCAACCUCUGGGUGAUGGUUGCACAGCACUUUGGAAGCCACAUUGGACUUGAGAACGGCAUGAUCCAUUUGGCUGGGGUAUCUUACCUGCUUUUUCAGUCCCUGCAUUAACACCCCCUAAGCACUCUGUGUGGAUAGUUUGAAAAUGUGAAUCUUUUAAGUGUUUUAUUUUUUGUGUCUAAUUUAUAAACUCUUGCUGGGAAAUUCCAGUGGAGUUCUUCACUGGAACAUUUUGUUUUGCAUUAUGCCAUGUGUGUGUAUUUUUUAGUGUCUUGAUGAAAUAUUUUCUAGAUAUGUCCUAAGCUCCAAGGACUUGGUUUCUUAUUCUUCUGAAAUACGUCUGGGUUGUUUGAUCAUCUUGAGACUUCCAGAUGGCCUACCUCGGAUUCUGAGGGCCACCUGUCAUUUCUCUCCUUAUCCCCUCCUGACCUGUACCUUGGUUUCUUCCCAACCUUAGCAGCAGUGAGAAAGACUGAGAGUGGGGACGGAGUUGACUAUCCUAGUAUUUUCAUCUGUUUCUUGUCUUACACAUCCUGUCUUUUCACACUUUCCAUCUCUAUGUAUUUAGUGACCAUAGAUGUUCCUAUCCGAAGGGGAGCAAGAGAAAUAUAAAUGACCCACCUCUGACAAGGUCUUAUGUUAUCACGUGCUUUUGGUUGUUCCACCAGUCAUGACCCUUUUUACUGCAGUAACCCCAGAAGUGCUCAUGUGUGUGCUGUCCUCAGCUUAGCGGAGAACUGGGAGUCAGGCCCAUUGAGGCAGGUGUCUGUGUCCCUGCUUCAUCUCUGCUCUGCUUUCUUAGCAUCUUCUUCUAUUGGGCGUCCUCCUUACUGCCUCUCAUUUUGCUCUCUUUUAUUCAGGGAUGUUUUUGCUUUGCUUGCAUGAGAGCAAAGCUGUUUCUGGACUUUUACUCUUGCUCCUUAAGUCCAGUAUGCAACCAUUUUGCCCUGCACAUCUCCUUCCUGGUAGAGCCUUUGAAGCAUUCUAUUUCGAGAAAAUUCCUGUGUAAAUACUAUAACUUUUAGAAUUGGUUGAGUUCUUUAGAAUUAUCUCCAGUGCUUACUUCUCCCUUCUUCUGUAUAAAUAUGUUACUUCUAUUAAGUUAUCUCCUAAACUUCUAGGUCGUUGUUUAUGUAGCAGAAAAUCCCACGUUAGCUGGUGGAGAGCUGCUUUUCUUCUUGAAUAAUUUUGACAUGUCAUCCCCGAGUGCAACUCAGGUUCUCCCUUUACUUGAGCCUGUAUCUUUUUAGCUUGUGUUAAUAAAGGAAUUCCAGAAAAUUCCAAGAUUACAGAAAAUUAGGGAUCCCCAAUUUAAAGGGAUAUAUAUAAAUUGCCCACUGGAAGGCUUUAUGACAUAACAGGAGGUUGGUAGCAAUAGCUCCACGCUGGCAUGUUGCCUGGCCUGCAGAUUGGCCUUCCAGGUUUCUGGGCGGCCCCCUGCCUUAAGCCCCUAAAAGCAAAUUUGGUUUCAAUGCUUUAGAAAGCAUGUGUGGGUCCAACUUAUUGUAAACUUGGGGGAACAAUUAGAGGAUACCCAAGUGUGGGCAUGAUUCCAGUUUUACUUCUAGAUUUGAAGCUCCCUGGGUAGAAUAGCCUAGGAUCUAGUUUGCUCCAGUAGAGAAUUUCUAAGGACUAAUUUAUAGUCGAGUGAACACCUGAAACUUGGGUGCUGGUCCUGUGGCCUGGGCUGAGCCAUCUAUGCCUAAACCUGGUUCUCUGCCACGUUGAGGCUUUCUGGGAAGCCAGCCACUUUUGGCAGGAGUAAAAUGAAAAGUAAAACAGUACCUGGUUUGGGGGGAUUGUUUUGGGCAGAAGACUGCAUUUAUGCUGGGUGAGUCCCAGAAAUACAUAAGAAGAAGCUAGAAAACCAUAACAUCCCUAAAUUCUUCAUAGUAUGUUGGCUAACUAAGCAUAGCUUGUUUUGACUGUGUUAAGUGUGAAUCUCUCCUUGCUAGACACAGUACAAGCUCUUGGUUUCUGCUCCUUCUUGCCGCCAGUACAGAGGGUGUAAAUGGUGGCUCAAGACUGCGGAAGCUUCGUCUGACCGGUGUGGGUGGUGGGGUCUCUUGUCAAAUGUGUCCCUAAGCUUUCUUCUCCUUGCAGGCAACCACCCACCAGAUAUCUGAGAUGGGAAGUGCUCUUUUCUUUCCCCACUCCCAGCAUGGGGUUGCCAGUAAAGCCAGUAUGACCACUACUUAGAAAUAGUCAUGACUUCUGCAAAUGCAAGGGUCUUCCUCCUCCCAGUCUCUCCUCUUUCCUUCCCGUCCAAACCCCUCCACCUUAGACAACAUCCUCCCCCUCCCACAGAUGGUCCCUCCUCACCCGGUUCUAGUGUGGUAUGGUGAUACCAACCCCCUCGAAUGUGACUUGCUAUCCUUACUGCCCAUAUUAAAGAAGAGCCAGCUGGUAUAUUGUCAGGAGGCACUAUUUAAAAUGUGAAUUGUUACAGAACAAAUAAAUACUACGUAC